AUGCCCACCAAUAGUCGGUUCUCGAAGUUCAAAAAUAACAACAAAGACCCUUCGAAAUUGAGGGAGAAAAGGAUCUCCGAGUUCGUGAGUCUGCGCAAAGCUCACCAAGCCGAGGCCUUCAUGAAGCGGAGGACUGUGACGCUUUCUUCUCUCCCAGAUGAAGAGGAACUUUCUGCUGACGAAAAGGUACCUUGCUUGUCUAUUGAUGACAUCAUUAAAUGUGUAACCAGCGACUGUAGGGAGGCACAGACUCGAGGCUGUCGUGCGGCCAGGAAGCUGCUGUCUCAAGCGCAGAGGCCUCCUCUGAAGGAAAUCAUAGAUGCUGGUCUACUGGCCUACUUUGUGACCUUCCUGGGUAUGGAUGAUGAGCCCACCCUACAGUUUGAAGCAGCCUGGGCCCUCACCAACAUUGCCUCAGGAACCUCAUGGCACACACAGCAGGUGGUGGAACAUGGAGCUGUACCAGUUUUCAUCUCUCUGUUGGCAUCACCAUUGUUGCACAUCAGUGAACAGGCAGUGUGGGCGCUUGGAAACAUUGCAGGUGAUGGCCCGGCUUAUCGAGAUGUCCUCAUCAGCUGUGAUGUCAUUCCAGCCUUACUGGCACGCAUCUCCCCAGAAACACCACUUGGCUACCUGCGUAACCUAACAUGGACUUUGUCCAACUUGUGCCGGUAUAAAAACCCAUCACCUCCUCUGUCUGCUGUGUACCAGGUGCUUCCUAGUCUGACUCAACUCCUCUAUCACAAUGAUAAGGAAAUCUUGUCUGACGCAUGCUGGGCCAUAUCCUACCUAACAGAUGGCGACAACGAUCGCAUUGAUGUAAUCAUGAAAACUGGCAUCGUCCCUCAGCUGGUGCUGCUAAUGAGCCACAAGGAGCUCAUCGUCAUGAUUCCAGCUCUGCGCGCCAUUGGGAACAUAGUGAGCGGUUCAGAUCUGCAGACCCAGAUGGUGAUCGACGCUGGCGUUCUGAAUAUCUUGCCUCAGCUGAUGAGACACCCCAAAGCCAGUGUGCAGAAAGAGGCAGUGUGGGCUCUGUCCAACAUCGCGGCUGGACCCUGUAAACAAAUCCAACAGCUAAUCACCUGCGGCCUGGUUCCUCCUCUGGUAGAACUGCUCAGAAAGGGGGACUUCAAGACUCAGAGGGAGGCUGUGUGGGCAGUCACAAACUUCACCAGUGGGGGCACUGUGGAGCAGGUAGUCCAACUUGUGCAGAGUGGUGCGCUGGAAGCAAUUAUCAACCUCCUGCAUAUCAAAGAUGCAAAACUAAUUAUGGUGAUACUGGAUGCAAUCAACAACAUCUUCAUGGCUGCAGGAAAGGUCGGUGAGACGGCAAAACUUGCCUUGUUGGUUGAAGAACUGGGAGGACUGGAUCACAUUGAGAUGCUGCAAGCUCAUCAAAAUGAGAGCAUCUGCCAGGCUGCACGUCACCUGUUAGAAAAAUACUUCAGUGAAGAUGAAAUUGAGAGAUUGAAGGUGGACACUACAGAGGACAAUCUUAUAUUCCACAGCACUGAUGUUGACAGAACAUUUGAGUUUUAAACUUGUGCAUAUGUUUUAAUGUAAGCAAAUGUUAUAAAUGUUUUCAUUGUUGAAAUAAAGCUAAUAUCUCAAACAUUUAUUCUUGCUGGAUGAAUUAAUAGUCUGAAGGCUUCAUACAGAACAAAUUUAAUGCAGCACGUGUACUCGAGGGGUGUUAACACUUGAGAAGAAUAUAGUGUGCCUGUUUAAAAUAUCUCAUUACUACCAUGAGGUUUGGGGAAAAACAGACUAGAGUCUGAUUACACUCUGAGCUUUGGCUCCAAAAUGAAUAAGAUCUCAGGAACAUGUGAAACUAGUUCCAGUUGUGGUGGACACCAAUGUGGAUUAGUCUUGUAUUAAGUGUUUAAAUACACAUAUGCAAAACCAAGGGACACCUCUCUCCUCAUACAGUGCAUUUGGAAAGUCUUCACAACUGUAGCCUUAUUCCAAAAUGUAGUAAAUUAUUUCUCUAACUGUAUUCACAACCAUGCCUCAAUACUUUAAUGCACCUUUGGUAGCAAUUACAUCCUUAAGUCAUCUUGAAUAUGAUGCCACAAGCUUGGUGCACCUAUCUUUAGGCAGUUUUGUCCAUUCCUCUUUGCAGCACAUCUC